AUGAAAGUCACUAGUUCGACUACUCUCGCCAACGCGGGUUUACUACUCACUUCCUCUGUUCAAGCAGUUGUCUUUCUGGCUCCUGAACAAGAUAUCCUUCUUCCGCCGAGCGGAGUUGCUACCAAUCCACUGGCUUCCUUGGGGGCCAAUAGUCCCUAUUUUGCUGGGCCAAAUAUUCACAACAUCAGCAACCAAGUUCCCGCCAACUGUCACGUAGAGCAAGUAGCCUAUAACGUCCGACACGGCAGUCGCUAUCCAGACUCAGGAGCAUACGCGCAAUGGAGCACUCUAUAUGCCUCGAUCCAAUCAGCAAAUUUCACAUCCACCGGCUCCCUAGCAUUUCUCAAAUCCUGGAAACCAGUCCUCACAAACCCCACGCUUCAAAUCGCCCAAGAGAGUCCUACGGGAUUCAAAGAGGCGUAUGAUUUGGGGUAUCAGCUACGAACUCGUUAUCCAGAUCUUUAUCCUGAAGGACAACCUUUUAUAUGCUGGGCAAAUCUUUAUCCGCGUGUUGUUCAAACUGCACGGAAUUUUGUUAGGGGAUUUCUUGGGUCUACGGCGGGUAACAUGGGUAUGGGGAUUGUGGUUACGGUUAAUUCGACGGGGAGUGAGGAGGCCCUUUUUGAUAGUUUGAGUCCGAGUGAUUUGUGUCCGGAGUUUGUGGAUGGUAAUGGGGGAGUGCAACAGGAAACAUGGAAUUCCAUCUACCUUCCCCCCAUCCAAACACGCCUUGCAUCAUUGAUUACAGGAAAUCUCAACUUCUCAACCACAGAUAUAUCUCUCAUGCCCUAUCUCUGCGGCUUCGAAUCGCAAAUUACCGGCGUACUCUCUCCCUGGUGCGGCGUCUUCACAGACGAAGAACUCGCUCAAUACGAGUAUUCACAAGACCUGCGAUACUAUUACGGCACGGGCCCCGGCACAGAUUUACCUUCUAAAAUGAUGCUUCCGUACUUAAAUACUCUCGUGGGGAUCUUAGAACAGGGCCCCGGUCUCAACGGAUCUUUUGCCAAUGGUACUAGUUAUACUUUACCGAGUAUCCUUACGGCGUUCAUGAACGAUGGACAAAUUAAUGAACUUGGUGCUGCGGCGGGUAUAUGGGAUAAUACCACCUCCUUAGGCGAUGGAACCUUUAUCCCGCAGGAUUACAAAUAUUUUGCUAGUCGUUUUGUUAGUAUGAGGGGUACAGUGGCAUUUGAAAGGCUUAGCUGUACUAUUCAUAGUCCUGGUACUUCAACCUCAUCCUCCACCUCCGUCAACUCUACAGGUACAAGCUCGCCACGCCAUCAACCCCACUACACAAACACCCCAUCUCCCCCUUUAACACCUUCAAACUCAACCCGCGCAUCCUACAUACGCAUCCUACUAAACGACGCCAUCUAUCCCAUCCAAACCUGUCGAUCCGGACCAGGCUCCAGUUGUCUUCUUAGCGACUACGCUUUCAUAAUCAAGGGUAAGGUAUUGGCUGCAGGAGACCUGCCUACGCGUUGUAAUGUGACUGCUGCUAGUGCAACGACGAAGGUUAAGGGAGCGAGCUUUUUUACGGAUUUGUCGAGUGAGUGGGUGGGGGUUGUUGGGGCUUGA